AUGAAUGGUAUAAGAUCUUUCCAUCCUUCUUUUUUUCAGCUUCCAACAGAACUUCUACCGUUAAUUUGUCGUUUUUUGUCCGUUCAGGACAUUCAAAAUUUAGUGACUGUCGUACCAUCAGUGUAUCCUGUAUUAGAGGCUUCAAUUGAUUUAUUUUGGAAAAAGAGACAUUAUGAACUUAAUAUACGCAAGAACAAACUCCUUAAAGAAGCUUUAGGUGUGGGUUAUGCACCUGCAGUUUCGAAUGGAUUUGUGAGUGGUACCCAGGUAUCCUCUACAGCUGCAGAGCGUGAGUAUUACGCUAAAUCAGAUGAAGUGAAAUCUGUCUGUGGCUUACCUCCGGGCCCUGUAAAAAUGGAACAAUUCGGUAUAUGUAUCGACAAUCUCUUGACGUCCCAAUAUGGAAUGGAUCUUCAUGGGAAGAAAAUAAAGACCUCCUUUUUCACUUUGAACGACGUUGAAGAUAUAUGGGUACAAUCCAUGUGCCUUCAGUUACAGCAAUAUUUGUCUCCAGCUGCUGAAAGAGCUUUGGCUUCGUUUCAAAGUCGUACUCUUCAAAGCCGCUUCUUACAGAUCUUAUUCAUCGGCAUGCUCUUCGAGGAAGAUAUGUGGUAUUAUUUCAAUGUCCUCUAUGAUAUUUCAUCCUCAACAGCCAUUGAAUUUGCUUAUUUUCUUGAUACCUUCCUUACGAUUGUAAAAACUGAUUAUGAACAUUACCGUGAUCCACUUUCUCAAACUUUAAUGUCUACUAGCAGCAGAUUUCAGGAUAUUGUUUUCUCUAUAGAAUCCCCAUUUGACAAUGCCUUCGAGCAAGGCCUUACUGCAGAACAGAAACGAAUCGUGGAAUGUGAAUUGUAUCCCAGGGAAGUUUUGAAAGUCAAAGCUUUUGCAGGAACCGGAAAGACAAAGGCUCUUUUAGAAUUUUCCCGUAGCAGGCCACAUAACAAAAUUUUAUACGUUGCAUUUAACAAAGCUGCUAAAGAAGAGGCCGAACAACGUUUUCCCAUGAACGUCAAGUGCUCCACCAUGCAUGGUUUAGCGUACGGUGCAAUCUUAGCUCAAGCAGAUCUUCCUGCUUCAAAGCUUGAAAGGCAACUCUCUAAUACCAAUAUCGCAAAUUUAUUGUCCCUGCAAGCUGCGUUUCCAAAGUCAAAUCGAAAGGCGGCUCCUGGAACUCCGUCUGCAACCCUAGUAGCCUCUCAUAUAAUGUUUACCCUAAACCGAUUUAUGCAUUCGACGGAUUCUCACUUAAGUUUUCGACACCUAAGUAAGCGUACUUUAGAAGUAACUCAAUUGUCCAAAGAGAAGCUAUUAUCAUACGUGAGGAAGCUAUGGGCGUUAAUUAUUAAUUUUGAUUGUCCAUAUGCACCUUUGAUUCCUGAUGCAUACAUGAAGUUGCUGCAUUUAUAUGAAUUUCCCAAUAUAUUCUCGAAGUAUGACUACAUACUAUUUGACGAGGCCCAAGAUUUUACUCGAUGCAUGGUAGAUGUCAUAUACAGGCAAAAGCAUGCUAGAAUCGUUAUCGUUGGCGAUGCUCAUCAAUGCAUUUACGGGUUUCGGGGAGCUGAUGCUUGUGCGUUUGAUGAAGUACUCUAUCCUUCUACAAAACAGUUGUACUUGACGAAAAGCUUUCGGUUUGGAAAUUCAGUGGCCAAAUAUGCAAACUUCAUCUUGUCUCUAAAAGGAGAAAAUGUGAAACUUAGGGGCGUACAGGAAGAUCGAGUAUUUCGUUCCAUGAACGAACCAUUUUCAGUGAUUAAUGAAAACUUUCGUUUUAUUCCUCACACAAUGAUAUUCAGAACUAACAAAGAACUCAUUUUGCAGUCGAUUCGUUUGUCGGUGUCUUUACCAAAAAAUAUACCUAUAACUAUUCUGGGAUCAAUGAAGAAAAAGGCCUUUCAACUUUUGCGCAGUGGUUCAGAACUUGCUCAAGGACGACGGCCGUCUCAUCCAAAGUUAAGAGAAUUUUCCUCAUGGGCCGAAUUUGAAACACAUGUCAAAAACUCUGCAGAAGAGGACCCCGAACUUGCCUUGGUGUACGAUAUGGCAGAAGAGCUGUUUAGCGAAAGUUUUCUUGCACGCUUAGAUAAUUGUGAGCAAAGACUGAUUCAGUCGAAAGAUGAAGGGGAAAACGGAAUCAUCUUGGCGACUGCACAUCAAUCAAAAGGUUUGGAAUGGGAUAAUGUACAAUUAGGUAAUGAUUUUCGACCAAAAUUUGAUAGUACUUCCUAUGCACGAGUUGGGUUUUCGCGGUAUCUGAAGGAAGAGAUUAACAUUCUUUAUGUCGCCCUCACCCGAGCAAAGCAUUGUUUAAUAUUGAAUGAUACGAUAACAAAAUUUUAUGCUUUGGAAAAAGGAUUAUUACGAUUUGCAGGGGGAAUUCCUUCUAUAGAAGAAGAAAUGGAAGAAGAGAAGGUUGCUAUAUUUGUUGAUUGGCAAAUUGAGAAUUUCAGUUUUCUUUGUGAUGUACCUACAGAAUGUUAUAAUUUCUUGGUGGAUUUACAUGGGAAAACAAUUUGGGAUGUAUUUUUUGGUGUGCUUUCAGGAAGCUGGCAGAAUUAUAUCGUGAAUACAACGGAACGCCUCAAAAGGACCAUGUUAUUUAUAGAAGAUCAAUUAUUUAUAAAUCAUAGUUAA